GCCCUGUCGGCCGCGAGGCGCUGAACUGCGGGCGCUCGCCCGGCUACGCGGGGCGUCUUGCUCGCUCCCAGCUCCGCAGGCGGCCUGCGAGUCCUGACCGCUGCGCCGGAGGCCGAGGUGAAGGCAGGAGCUGGCCCUUGGCUCCGUGGCCAGCAAGGCUGUCGGGACAUGGCAAUCUGUGCGGGGCUCGUCCUGGAAGGGAGCCACUUGAGUCACUGCGAUGCCUAAGGAUCAGCACUCAUCCCUGCCCACCCUUGGAGCUCACCUCUGCCUCCGCCUACCUUUGCAGGUGUGACGUUCCUCCGGGUCCUUCAUGGUGUCCUCCUCCAUCUUCUCCUCACCACUGCGCCACGCGGCUCCUGAAACAUGGGGGAAAACGAGGACGAGAAGCAGAGCCAGGCCGGGCAGAUUUUUGAGAACUUUGUCCAGGCUUCCACAUGCAAAGGCACCCUCCAGGCCUUCAACAUCCUCACGCGACACCUGGACCUAGACCCCCUGGACCACAAAAACUUUUAUUCCAAGCUCAAGUCCAAAGUGACCUCCUGGAAGGCCAAAGCGCUGUGGCACAAACUGGACAAGCGUGGAUCCCACAAGGAGUAUAAGCGAGGGAAGUCGUGCGUGAACACCAAGUGUCUCAUCGUUGGGGGAGGACCAUGUGGUUUGCGCACGGCCAUUGAACUUGCCUACCUGGGGGCCAAAGUGGUCGUGGUGGAGAAGAGGGACACCUUCUCCCGGAACAACGUACUGCACCUCUGGCCUUUCACCAUCCAUGACCUGCGGGGCCUGGGAGCCAAGAAGUUCUAUGGGAAGUUCUGUGCUGGCUCCAUCGACCACAUCAGUAUUCGUCAGUUACAGCUCAUCCUAUUCAAGGUGGCCCUGAUCUUGGGAGUUGAAAUCCAUGUGAAUGUGGAGUUUGUGAAGGUUCUGGAGCCUCCCGAAGAUCAAGAAAACCACAAAAUUGGCUGGCGGGCAGAAUUUCUCCCUGCUGACCACUCCUUGUCGGAGUUCGAGUUCGAUGUCAUCAUCGGUGCCGAUGGCCGCAGGAACACACUGGAAGGCUUCAGGAGGAAAGAGUUCCGUGGGAAGUUGGCUAUCGCAAUCACCGCCAACUUCAUAAACAGAAACAGCACCGCCGAGGCCAAGGUGGAGGAGAUCAGUGGCGUGGCCUUCAUCUUCAAUCAGAAGUUCUUCCAGGACCUUAAGGAAGAAACAGGGAUCGAUCUGGAGAACAUUGUUUACUACAAAGACUGCACCCACUAUUUUGUCAUGACCGCCAAGAAGCAGAGCCUGCUCGACAAAGGGGUCAUCAUCAACGACUACAUCGACACGGAGAUGCUGCUGUGUGCCGAGAACGUGAACCAGGACCACCUGCUCUCCUACGCCCGCGAGGCUGCGGACUUCGCCACCAACUACCAGCUGCCGUCCUUAGACUUCGCCAUGAACCACUAUGAGCAGCCCGAUGUGGCUAUGUUCGACUUCACCUGCAUGUACGCCUCGGAGAACGCGGCCCUGGUGCGCGAGCGGCAGUCCCACCAGCUGCUCGUGGCCCUGGUGGGCGACAGCUUGCUUGAGCCCUUUUGGCCCAUGGGCACAGGCUGUGCCCGUGGCUUCCUGGCGGCCUUUGACACGGCCUGGAUGGUGAAGAGCUGGGACCAGGGCGCUCCUCCGCUGGAGCUGCUGGCUGAGAGAGAAAGUCUUUACCGGCUGUUACCUCAAACGACCCCAGAGAACAUCAACAAGAACUUUGAGCAGUACACGCUGGACCCGGGCACGCGGUACCCAAACCUCAACUCCCACUGUGUGCGGCCCCAUCAGGUGAAGCAUUUGUACAUCACUAAGGAGCUGCACCACUCCCCCCUCAAGAGGCUGGGCUCCAUGAGGAGAUCCGUGGGCCUCUCCCGGCGGGAGUCAGACAUCCGGCCCAGCAAGCUCUUAACCUGGUGCCAGCAGCAGACCGAGGGCUACCAACACGUCAACGUCACCGACCUGACCACGUCCUGGCGGAGUGGCCUGGCCCUGUGUGCCAUCAUCCACCGCUUCCGGCCUGAGCUGAUCAACUUUGACUCUCUGAACGAAGAUGACGCCGUGGAGAACAACCAGCUGGCGUUUGACGUGGCUGAGCGAGAGUUUGGCAUCCCCCCAGUGACCACGGGCAAAGAGAUGGCGUCAGCGCAAGAGCCCGACAAGCUCAGCAUGGUCAUGUACCUGUCCAAGUUCUACGAGCUCUUCCGGGGCACCCCGCUGAGGCCUGUGGACUCUUGGGGCAAAAACUACGGAGAAAAUGAUGACUUGGGCGUGGCCAAAUCAUCCCUUCCUCACAACUAUCUCAACCUCACGUUUCCCAGGAAGAGGACUCCACGAGUGGACAACCAAACGGAAGAGAAUAACGACAUGAACAAACGGAGGCGGAGAGGCUUCAACAGCCUGCACGAGCGGCCAGCCUUUUCCAGCCGGAGUUUGGGCUCCAGUCAAGAGGGCAGCGUCAGUAAAGAAGGUGGAAAUCAGAACAAAGUCAAGUCCAUGGCAAGUCAGCUGCUGGCCAAGUUCGAGGAGAGCUCUCGGAACCCUUCGCUCCUGAAGCAGGAACGCCAUGUCUCGGGGGUAGGUAAGCCUGUCCUUCGCUCGUCCUCUGACCCUCCUGCUCACUCUUGUUGUCUCCAGCCAGAAGAGCUCACGGCCAGCCCACCGCCUCCUCUGAAAAGGCAGCUCCCCUCUGUGGUUGUGACGGGGCAUGUGCUCCGAGAGAUAAACCAAGUGUCCGCCGUUGGAGAGUGCCUGAGCCGGCCCCGCAGAACCCGAGCCCAGUCUGACCUGCAGCUGGGGGGGCGCGAAGAAAACCCUGCCUGCCAGGGGGCGCUGGCCCUGUCGGGCGUGCUGCGGCGGCUGCAGCUAGUGGAGGAGAAGAUUCUCCAGAAGAGGGCUCAGAACUUGGCCAACAGGGAAUUUCACCAAAAGAACAUUAAGGAGAAGGCGGCUCACCUGGCCUCCAUGUUUGGCCAUGGGGACUUCCCGCAGAAUAAACUACUCUCUAAAGGCCUGUCUCCUACUCAGCCUCCGUCUUCUCCCUCCUGCCUUCCAUCUCCUGAUCCAGCUGCCGCUUCCUCUCCAUCGGCUGUUGACUCUGUUUCUCCUGCCAGAAAGCUGACGGUAGGGAAAGUGUCCAGCGGAAUAGGGGCUGCAGCCGAAGUCCUGGUCAAUCUGUACAUGAAUGAUCACAGACCUAAGGCCCAGGCCACCUCUCCAGACCUGGAAACAACACGAAAGGCCUUUCCCCUGAACCUGGGCGGCAGCGACACCUGUUACUUCUGCAAGAAGCGUGUGUACGUGAUGGAGCGGCUGAGCGCCGAGGGCCACUUCUUCCACAGAGAGUGUUUCCGCUGCAGCGUCUGCGCCACCACCCUGCGCCUGGCCGCCUACGCCUUCGACGGCGACGAAGGCAAGUUUUUCUGCAAGCCUCAUUUCAUUCACUGUAAAGCCAAUAGUCAGCAGCGGAAGAGACGGGCAGAUCUGAAGCAACAAAGAGAGGAGGAGGGACUGUGGCCGGAGCACGAAGCCCCUCGGCAAGAACCUCCCACGGAAAGCUCUUGUGCGGCUGCUGCCCUGGGCUCCCCAACAGGCAGCCCCCCAGAUGAGCCAACCUCCCCCAAGAAGCCCAAGAGUGUCCCGGAGCCGGAGCCCGGUGAUGUGGAAGGCGAAGCCACCUGUCCCCUGCCCUCUGAGUGGACCUCCGUGAGGAUCAGCCCCGGGGAGGGCGCCACUGGGCAGGACGUGCUGGCUGUGCGUGUCCUGGUCACCAGCGACGACGACAGCAGCUCUGAUGCGGAGUUGAACUGCAGCAGCCGCAGCAGCGAGGCCUUCAGCACGGAGCCCUGUGAGGAAAGACCCCAGCAGCCGGACCGCCCACCCCUGCGGGAGCCCCUCAGCCGCCACAGCUCCCUGAGGGAGCCCCUGAGCAGGGCGGCCUCUGCACAGGACCCCGAGGAGCCCAGAGCUCUGCACGCUCUGCAGCGGGCCAACAGCCUCCAGUCCCCAACUCUCAGCAAAUACCAGAGCUGGAGAAGAAAGUGCCAGCCAAGUUCCAUGCCGGUGAACAGCGCGAGAACUGUGUCGCCGCCCAGAGAAGCGUCCCCUUCCGUGUCUCCUUCCUCCCUGUCUUCUGCCUCAUCCUCCCCCGCGUCCUCCUCAGGCAGUGUCCCAGGCAGUGCUCUGGGGGGUUCCCCCCCACCUCAGGUCUCAAGAGGUCAUUUCAGUCCUUCCACCCCAAUCUUCCUGAGGCGAGCCAGGGCCCACGGAGCACCCAGCGAAAUCCCUCUCUACCUGCCGCACGGCCAGGUGCUGGAGCGGACAGAGUUCUGCCUGGUGAGGCCGGGUGGAGAGGGCCUCGCCAGCCCCGGGACCCCCAGCCCUGCAGCGAUGGCUCCCAAUGGCUGUCAGGACACCAGCGGCACCCACAGAGGCCCACACCCCAUUGGAGGGAAGGGCGGGUGCUCGCCAGACCAAGAGCUGUCUCCUAGGGCUGCCGGGGGCUCCGGAGAAGGGCAUAGGGGCUCCCAGACCCAGACGGGAGAGAAAGGUGGGUCCGAGCUGGCAGAGGGGAAGAAGCUGGGCUUGAAGAAGCUGGCCCUCACCCAGGAGCAGAAGAGCAAGUUGCUGGAUUGGAAUGACUUCAACCCCCAGAGCUCGCGCCUGGAACCCGGGCCACAACCCUCCCAGAAAAGUGCCGAGAAUGGUAGAGGAGGCCGAGUGCGGAAGCCAGUCUGCCCCUUGGUGCUCCCUCGGGCGGAGAGAGAGACCCUGCCAGCUCAGGCAGAGGCUCCGGAGAAGAGGGGGACCCCCGCUGGAAGGACUCCAGAGGAGCGAAGCGUGGCUCCACCCAGGUCCCCGCUGAGACUCAUUACCAAUGCCCUCCGAAGGGCCCUCCUGGAGCCCCUCCUCUCCAACUCCGAAGGCGGGAGGAAGGCCUGGGCCAAGCCAGAAUCCAGGGCUUUGCCCACCAGCCCGCCGCAGGCUUGCGCGCGAUCCUUCAGCCUUCGGAAACCCAGUGGCAAUAAAGACUGGGACCAGCAGUCCCCUGGGAGAGACAUGGCCAGCAGGGCCUCGGCCUUCUUCUCCCUGGGCACCCCGCCUGUCAGGGCUGCCCAGCCCUCCACCCCUGGCCUUCCCGACCCUGCCCUCUGCACCCACAGUCUGCCCAACCGGCCCUCCAAGAUGUUUCCUGGAUUGGCGUCCCCACCCUGCAGCAAGAUGGAAGAUGUCCCCAAACUGCUGGAGAAAGUGAGUUUGCAAGAGACCUUUCCGGAUGCUCCUAGGACUCCAAAGAGGAAAAUCGCACUCUUUUCCUCCCUCAGACUCAGAGACAAAUCUUCUGAGGGUUCCCUCCAAGAAUCCAGGCAAAGGAAGGACUUCCGUGACCUCUUUAGCAUCCCCAAGGGGAAGGUGCAGCCUGUGGACAGCGCGAGGCUGGGGCAGAGGGCCCCGCCUCCUCCAGAGCCAGAUGCAAGUCCCAGGCCCGUCCCCAUCAGGGCGCAGGUGACAGGGGCUGCCUCUUCUACCACCUCCUCCUCGGCAGAAGAAGAAUUUGAUCCCCAGCUUUCCUUGCGGUCAAAGGAGAGGAAGACACUUAGAAGAAGAAGGAAGUUGGAAAAAGCAACAAAACAACUGGUUAAGCAGGAAGAAUUAAAAAGACUUCAUAAAGCUCAGGCCAUCCAGAGGCAGCUGGAGGAGGUGGAGGAGCGGCAGAGGGCCUCCGAGAUCCAGGGCGUGAGGCUGGAGAAGGCACUGAGAGGAGAAGCAGCAGAUUCAGGCACACAGGAUGAAGCCCAGCUUUUGCAGGAAUGGUUUAAGCUGGUUCUGGAGAAGAAUAAAUUAAUGCGAUAUGAGUCGGAGCUACUGAUCAUGGCCCAAGAGCUAGAAUUAGAAGAUCAUCAAAGCAGACUGGAGCAGAAAUUAAGAGAGAAAAUGCUCAAGGAGGAGAGCCAGAAAGAUGAGAACGAUCUAAAUGAGGAGCGAGAAAUAUUCGCUGAGAUGAUGCAAGUGAUUGAGCAGAGGGACCGACUUGUGGAUUCCUUAGAGGAACAGCGCAUCAGAGAAAAGGCUGAAGACCAGCGCUUUGAAAGCUUCAUAUUCUCCAGGGGCUGUCAGCUGAGCAGGACGUGAGCAGGGCCCUCCCCCUCGGAGCCAGCCAAGGACCGGAUCCUGCCCCGCACACCUCACACACUCCUACUUCCUGUGGCAGCAUUUGUCAGACCUGCGACUUGAGUUAUACCAUACGGCAAUAUGUUUUCUAAAAUUGAAAUUCUCUCACGUGCUACAGCUGCCCCAGAUCCUUCCAGAGAUUAUAGUGAAGAAAAUACAAAGACUCUUUUGAAAUGGGCAGUCGACCUCAGCAGAUCUCUCUGACUGGAGGUGACCUUGGCAGGUGACCAGCAUUGUUUACCCUAGAAGGUGACACAGAUGGACUUGCCUUCUGCUUCUUACCAUGUAUCUGCCCAGUGCAUUGAGUUGCACAUCUUAAGAUUUUUUAAGAAGCUGCCUUUUCAU